AUGUGCGUGCCAAACUCGAGAUUGCUCACCAGCAGCCCCAAGACCGUGAUGUCCAUCCUGGAGCGUGCAGAUAAGCUCGGCGUGCCUCGCGGUUCGCUUAUGUUCAAGCAGGCAGUGACCACGACGACGGGCCUUGGGGCCGAGACGAUGGCAGCCAAGCUCAAGCUCUUCGAGGAGAUUCUUGGGUGGUCUGAGGCUGAGGUGACCAACGUGGUGAGGAUAAACCCAACGCUGCUGAGGAUCUCUGGGGAGAAGCUUCGCCGUGCUAAGGAGUUCCUGACCAAGGUGGUCGGUGUUGACACUAGGUACAUCCUUACCAGGCCCUCAAUCCUGAUGUACAGCCUGAAGUGCCGACUGGUUCCUCGGCAUUAUGUGAUGAAGGCGCUCCAGGAGAAAGGAUUGAUUCAGAAAGAUCAGAGCUUCUACACGAUGAUCACGCCUAGUGAGAAGACGUUUCAGCGCAGGCAUAUAGAUGCUCAUAGGCAUGUUCUUCCAGGCCUUGCUGAAGCCUACGCAGCUGCUUGCCAAGGGAAACUGCCAACUGAUGUUGCGGUAUGA